AUGUCACCAUCAGACAAUGCCUCGGCCGAGGUUGACCCCUCCCGCCCGAGCCUGGAGGACGCUAUCACCAACCCCGGCACCGUCAAGAUAAAUGUGCAGGGCGCUUACAUUGUCGACGACCAGCCCCCAACACCGGACAGUAUACCGGAUGGCGAUGGCGUCCAUUACGAGCGCAAGGAUAUUAGGCUACCUCAUCAUACAAGCGUGGUGAGCCAUGUGGCAGUUGAUAUCGGAGGCUCAUUGGCGAAGCUGGUAUAUUUUACAAAAGAAUUACAAUCGCCACAAGAAGGCGGGCGCCUCAAUUUCAUGAGCUUUGAGACGGAGCGGAUCGACCGGUGCAUCGACUUUAUCCAGCAACUCAAGCAGGACCACGAGAGACUCAAUGGCUCUGCGCCCGACGAGCUAUGUGUUAUCGCAACGGGUGGAGGGGCCUAUAAAUAUUACGACAGGCUGAAGCAGACGUUGAAUGUGGACAUAAUGCGGGAGGAGGAGAUGGACUGCCUCAUCACUGGCCUGGACUUUUUCAUAAACGAGAUCCCCAACGAAGUAUUCAGCUACAGCGAGACCGAGCACAUGCAAUUCACGGAACCGCGUGCUGGAGCAUACCCUUACCUUCUUGUUAAUAUCGGAUCCGGAGUGUCGAUGAUAAAAGUAUCUGGCCCGAAUCAAUUCCUGCGAGUCGGUGGAACACAUCUUGGGGGAGGCACAUUUUGGGGCAUCCUGUCCCUUCUGACCGGGGCUACCACGUUCGACGACAUGCUGGCAAUGGCGGAUCGCGGCGACAACAGCGGCGUCGACAUGCUGGUCGGCGACAUCUACGGCAUGGACUAUACCAAAAUCGGACUGAAAAGUACUGCGAUUGCUAGUUCGUUCGGCAAGGUUUUCAAGAUGAAGCGUGCUGCUGAACGCCAGGCGGAAGAUGCACCAGGCGAAGACACCGAGAACGCGUCUGGCGCGCAAUUCAGCCCCGAAGACAUGAGUCGCAGUCUUCUUUUUGCUAUAAGCAAUAACAUCGGCCAGAUCGCCUAUCUCCAGUCUGAGAAGCACGGGUUGAAGCACAUAUAUUUCGGAGGCUCAUUUAUCCGCGGCCAUCGCCAGACCAUGAAUACUCUCUCCUAUGCCAUCAAGUUCUGGUCCAAGGGCGAGAAAGAGGCAUACUUUCUGCGACACGAGGGGUAUCUCGGUGCAGUCGGUGCCUUUCUCAAACGACAGCCUCAGAACUGGGGUCGACGAAAUAGCUUGGAAGAUUCUUCACUUUCCAAGCAAGCCCGGGAAGAUUUGCGACAGGAAAUUCAAAAUCAGCAGCAAAAAUAG